AUGAUGCUCAGCAAGCUCACUGUCUCCUUCAUCAUCAUCUAUGUGAUUGAAUCCUUGACAAUAAUUGUGCAAAGCAGCUUCAUUGUUGCCGUGCUGGGCAGAGAGUGGGUGAAAGUCAAAAGGUUGUCACCUGUGGACAUGAUUCUCAUCAGCCUGGGCAUUUGCCGCUUCUGUCUACAAUGGAUAUCAAUGCUGUGUGAUUUUUUCAUCUACUUUAAACCUAAUCGUACAUAUUUGGCCCUAACACUUCCCUGGGAAUUCAUCAACAUCCUUACAUUCUGGUUAACCAGUCUGCUUGCCGUUUACUACUGUGUCAAGAUCUCUUCCUUCACUCACCCCAUCUUCCUCUGGCUAAGGUGGAGAAUUCCUAGACUGGUCCCUUGGCUGUUACUUGGUUCUGUGAUGAUCACUUGUGUGACAAUCAUCCCUUCAGCUAUUAGGACUUACAUCCGGAUUCGGUUAAUCACCUUGCAACAAUUACCCAGAAAUAAUACUGAGAUUGAGAAACUUCAUGUACUUGAGCAAUAUUUGACCAUCCCUCAUAAACUGGUUGCAUUAUCUGUCCCUUUCCUCCUGUUCUUGGCCGCCAUCAUUUUGCUCAUGGUUUCACUGGCUCAGCACCGGGAGCAGAUGCAACAUUGUGACACUGGUGGGGACAACUCCAGAAUGAAAGCUCAUGUGACCGCCCUGAGGUCCCUUUCCAUCUUCUUUAUUUUUUUCAGUUCUUAUUUCCUGGCCUUAUUCAUCACCUUUUUAGGCACCAUAUUGGAUAGAAGAUCAUGGUUCUGGUUUUGGGAGGCUGUCAUCUAUGCUAUAGUCUGCAUUCAUUCCAUUUCACUGGCUUUCAGCAGUCCGACACUGAAAAGGGUUCUAAAGGUGAAAUGCUGGGCUUAG